GUCAGUUUAUUGAAAUUGUAUGAAAAUUUUCUUAAUAUUUAUAAGGGAUCAUAAACGUCAUUUGUUAAGAUAUUUUAUACUUAAUUUUUAAGGAAUUAUUGUAAAAAACGUAAUUCAAUUUUAAUUUACGGAAAAAUUAGAGUUACCGGAAAAAUGUCGCAUACGAUAUUGCUUGUACAACCAGGGGUUCGUCCCGAGACCCGUACUUACAGUGAUUACGAAAGUGUAAAUGAGUGUAUGGAAGGUGUCUGCAAAAUAUAUGAAGAACACUUAAAAAGACGGAAUCCAAAUACACCCACGAUUACUUAUGAUAUAAGCCAGCUAUUUGAUUUCGUUGAUACUUUAGCCGAUAUUAGUUGCCUGGUAUAUCAAAAGUCAACAAAUACAUAUGCUCCUUAUAACAAAGAAUGGAUUAAAGAAAAAAUUUAUAUACUUUUAAGACAAGCAGCUGCAAGUACAGACUGAGAUUUUUCUUGCGGAAAUGAAUUUAUUUGUGCUUACAAAUAACUCAUAAUUAAGAAAAAAUUUGGAUGGAAAGUAUACUAAAUGAAUUGAAUAAUAUGUAUUUAAGAUUUGCUUUUCAUUCAAUAUAAAGUACAUAGGUUAUUAACAUUAAUUUUGAAAAAUGUAACACUUUAAGUUUAGUUUGUAAUUUAAUAUAUGGAAUAUUUUUAUGUUUUAAUAUUGAAAACAAACUUUUGCUUCAAGUAAUAUAUCUUGAAAUCGAAAUUUUGAAUUUUGUUAAUAUAGAAUAUAUGUAUGUACAUGCAUAUGGAAAUAUAUAGUAUAUAUAUAUA